GAUUUCGCCAACCCACCUGAAACACCACCGUUUGAGGUCUCAAAUUCGUGACAGCUUCACUUGCAUCUCCCGCUGGUUUCCCUUUCGAGCCGUGGAAUUCCCUCAACCCGUCCUCGCCUCACCCUCCAAUCUUGGUACCCAACAUUGACAUCGUCAUGGAUGCGCUUGCCCGCUCAUCGUCUCGCCCACGGCCCUCCUCCAGACCCACGACCCCCCUGAGACCCAGUUCUCGGUCGUCGAUCCGCGAGGCCCAUGGUUAUGGCAAUAUUGGGAUGGCAGGCUACACCCAGCCUGCCAUCAAUGCGCUGGAGCCUCAGUUUGCAGAGCUUGCGGACUCCAUGGCUGAUCUGGAGGCGAACUUCAUGCACCUUCAAUUGAUGCAUGAGAGUCUGACGCGGUUCAGCGAGAGCUUCGCUAGUUUUCUAUAUGGAUUGAACAUGAACGCGUUCUGCGUGGACUUUCCGGAGGCCCCGAUUCCCGAGUCGUUUCGAAGGGCAAAGCAAGCAGAGGCACAAAAUGAUGCUGAAGCGGAACAAACUCGAGCGAUAAACGACGGGGAGAUGACAUUCAUGACUACGGACAGUUCCUUUAUUGAGCACCCUUCCGAGGCACUCCCUUCGAAACCUACGGCCAAGAUCCCGGCUCCUUCGCGUGGCACCACAAGAGGAUCGACACGGGGGUCGACAAGUGGUCGCUAUACGACAAGAGGCACCAAUCGCGCUCGCCCAAGCGCAUUGCCCCGCGGAAGGGGGCUACGAUGAAGGCAGGAACCGGGAUGCUAAGGUUUAUGAAUAGGGCGCAGGCAUGCGGAGGCACAAAGACUUACGCGUAGGGAACGGAUUGCUAUUGGCAACCCGCAAAACCUUGCAGACAAGAGCGCAACCCGGAAUCUCGAAGGGAACGCUGUUCUCAGUACAGUGAUUCCGAUGACGGUCGCGUUCCAGUGACACAAAGCCUGCCGAGCGACAUGCACGAUCUCAGCGGCACGGGUCCUUCUGUGCGAUGGAACACCUACCUAUCCAAUGUUGUAGAAUAGAUUUGCGAUAGGCUGGAAAAUUUCCCGCUUUUCUUGGGGCCAGAGGAUUUUCUUAAUGCCCGAGAAAAGACCUGAACGAAGGGUGGUGACAUUAUGGAAGAUGAUAGAAGUAUAGAUUGCCUGUGUUGGACUGUGGUGGCCUUGCGGCCUAGAUAGAUAAGCCUCGUAGGACCAUCGGGGAUCCCCAGAGUGACCC